AUGUCUGUUCUCCGUCAUGGAGGUUCAUACCUCCAGCGACGCCUCACCAAGAUGUACACAGAUACAAAGACUUCAUGUGAGAGCGUCACCACUGCUUCGAAGGCCGUCGAUGACCCGGAGCUGGUCGCUCUUCAUCGAAGCUUUGGGACCCAGCGGGACCGGCUGCUUGCUUGGGGUCUCGACUGGAGCGACGCUAGCGCCGCACAGCCAAAUGAUAUCGACGAAUCGCUCACUCAAGCUGGUUUCAGUGAUGUUGUUGAGAGUGUUAUGUCUUCUAUCCAGGAGCUGCUCAAUGAAGCGGAACGUAUUCAGCACGGAGGUUCAUCCGAUUUGCCUCCAAAGGGCCUUCGUGGCGACUCGACGUCGAAAGAUAGCUUGAGCUCCCUUCCGGUGAAGACACACUGGACCAACGAAGACAUCACUCGCUCCAAGAGUCUUCUUGCGGAUUUGACCGCUUGCAUCGACACCCUGUAUGAUUUGUCGCGUUCGCGACGAAACAUGACUUCGAGCGGACAGUCUGCCGCGCGGGGUCGUCACCGACAUGUCCCCAGAUUGGGAGAUGACUCUGUCUAUUCAGUCUACCCAGAUGUCAAGUCGUACCAGGGCUCUCCGCUUGAUAUGAAGGAAUCGUAUCACAGCCCCAAAGCGCAGGAAGCAUAUGAUUAUUCGUCCCCGGUUGUCAGUCCUUUGAAGGUUGAAAAGCGCUCGCACAAGGGUUCGAUGCCAUCACAGAGCUACCUCAUCGAUCGCUCUGCCUUGCAGCUCUCUGGUGCGUCUCACGAUAACAGUCCACCUCCAUAUGAGAUGGUAGCCGCUUCUACCAAUUCUCGAGCUAUUGGCCGCAUCAAAUCCUCCGCUUCUCUUCUCCUGGCGGGCGCAAAGGACUCCACCGUUUCGAUCCUGGUCGAAUUCACGCCGAUGAUGCUGGGAAGUCAACGGGACGUCACUUUCCCAGUAGAAAGGCGAGUUGAACAUGUGCAACAGAGCCUUGAUCAGCUUGUUCAGAAUGCGAGAAUCUCCCAUCUAGGUUUGAUGCGGUUCCUCGGUCACUACAUCGACAUGCCCAAUUCACGCUAUGCAUUCAUAUAUCAGAUGCCGAUCGACUACUUCCCUUUCCUCCACAAUCCCUCGGACCUCUUGAGCGGCUUGAAACCGAAGCCCCUCGUUUCUCUUUUUCAGUCGGGGGAUGAUCAAAAAGUACCUAACCUAGAGACUCGCCUUCGGUUAGCCUAUGACCUUCUGAUGGCCGCCCUACAUCUUCGAAGCCAGAAUCUCGUCCAUGGGAAUAUUAACAGCAGCAAUGUACUCAUCUUCCCCGGUGCAACUAGCUCCAGCAAUGACGAAGUCGGUCUCACUGAGGAUCUUCGACGGCCCUACCUGACAUCAUUCGCCCAAUUUUCUGGGAAUGCGACAUCGCCUGAGCCCUUAUCUUCGAGCAUGUAUCGUCACCCAGACGACAAGCGGUCUCUGGAAGACGAUGCUGCCUGGGCCUAUGACCUUUAUUCUCUGGGUCUUGUGCUAAUGGAGAUUGGACUGUGGACUCCCAUCAGUCGACUUUGGAAGCUGAAGUACAACAACUCGAUGUUCAAACAAAGAAUUGAAAAUGUCUAUUUGCAGAAGCUGGGACCAAAGUGCGGCAGCGCAUUCCUUCACGUGGUCCAACUUUGUCUGGAUGCUCCUAAUUUCCACCUUUCGACGCAGCCCAAUGAGGACUUCAACUUACGAAUUCCCCAGACAUAUCACUAUCCUGUUCUGGAUCUUUCCGCUCCCGAUGGUAUCUUCUCGUUUUCCAUGAAUUUCCUCUACACAAUGUGCAAGAUUACUUGGUCCUGCUGCAGGAUUGAUAUCUUCUCCGCCCCUGCUGCUGAAGAAUUAGACGACUGCCUUCCGCUUGCGCUGGUGCCCGUCACUGAAACAGAUGGUGCAAGAGGAAACCAGAAAUCAUAUCAACCUGCACCUGAGAGACCGGUGCGCCCAGCCAACUCCUACCCCACACUUCCUCUAUCAGAGAAGAAGAUCGUCCGGGGGAAGAUGGGUUUGGAGGAGGCAAAGGUAAAGAAGAGGACAUUCAAGAAACUUACCAACAUCGAGAUCCCUCAGGAACAUCUGAAUGAAUGGAACUUCCAGAUGCUCCCGCGAUUGAGAAAGCUCCUCCAGAAGGUCCUGAAAGAUUCAUCUGAAUCCUGUGGUGUCACUCUGAUGAUGACUGGAGAAACGAUUGAGACUGCCAAGACGACCAUCUGCGUCACCUGUGCCAGUGCAAAGAAAGUCAGAGCAGCCAUGAAGAAGUAUUUUGUGCUCGAUAGAGACGAUUGGGAUCUCAUCGUGCUUCGUGGCGAUGUUCAACGUUCCAAGGUCCCAAGAAAGAAACGCCGCAGGCCAGCCAAGUCCAGACCACAGACAGGAGAUAUGCCCGCAUUCGCUCAACCAGACCUCAACCCCUGCUAUCAACAAAAACCUCUUUGUGGUGCUUCUAUUGGUGCCUUCCAAAACGAGGAGCAUCUACCUCCUGUAUCUUACGGAGGUGCAAUCUUCGUUGACGGUAUGCCUUACGGAAUGACCGUUCAUCACAUGCUGGAGGCCCCGAGCGAUGAUGAGGCAGAGGAAGAAGUGGAAGAUCGAAAUAUCGGAGGGCCGUUUCGUUCAGCUGGAAACUGGCCAAGACAGCCGGCACCGCAACCGGUAUCCUCGAAUAACGAAUUUAUGUACAGCUGGUGUGAUCAGGACCCCUCGGAGGUGGACCUUGAGUUUGAAAUUUCAGAAGACGAGGAUGGUGACGAUCUGUCUCUCUCGCAGAGUUUUGAGGGGAAUUACGAAGACCACUGGCUUUCGGAUAGUAAUUCUUCGGACGAGGAAGGGUUCGACGCCGAUGACGCCUACGAUGAUGAAGACGCUGCCUCCAUAGGCGAUACGGCUGGUGUUGAGCCGGGGGACGAGCCACCGCUGUUUGUCACUCAGCCUGCGAUCGAUGACGUUCAUGAAGAUUUCUUUCCUUCACCCGAAGAUCGUGACGAUGAGCAUUUGGCCUCCCAUUCUUUCGGGUUUGUCCAUGCGUCCUCUGGCGUCCGUCGUUGGACUCGGAAAGGCAUCAAGCACGAGAUCGACUGGGCAUUGAUCAAAAUCAAUGAUGAUCGGAUGGACCCUCGUAACAUAGUGUUUGACAAGGCGGCAUCACCGUCCCGAGGUCUUUCGAGACGGGGACCUGGGGAUCCUUAUUCGGCCCAACACUCGGAACCGAUCUAUCUCAACGAUGUGGCACCUAUGGAGGAGCUUGGUGGCCUGAAAGUUCACUGUUGUGGGCGUACCAGUGGCCUACAGAGCGGACAGAUUUCAAGAGCAAUGACCCUCGUCAAGCUGCACGGACGACAUACCUUCUCCACGAGUUUUUGUGUGGAUGGAAACUUUGGAGUCCCCGGUGAUUCAGGAGCCUGGGUUUUCGAGAAGUCCACUGGUCGUGUCUGCGGUCAUGUUUUGGCGUGGUCUGAGAAGAGUCACACCGCAUACAUCGCUCCCAUGGAAGUAAUGCUGGAGGACAUUGCUCGCACGCUGCAUGCCAACGUCAUCACACUACCCGGCCGUCGGAACGAGUCACUUGCUUUUCCCAUUUCUCACCCACCACGCGAACCUCAGAACCCACGAUAUCGGGCGCCACUCCCUUUACCCGGCCAGGUACCCGUGGACAUUGGCCGUUUGAGCCUAGGUCUGGAUGAAUCUGGAAUGAGCACAGUCCCCAACAGUCGCGGUAUACGAGAGGUUUCCGCCCCAUAUCGAGGGAUGCCGCCUAUCCUCAGCCCACCCCGCAGCCUAGAGCGACAGCUCGCGUGA